AUGGCCCAGUACCAAGAAGAAUCCUUUGUCAUCCCUUCCAACACCUUCCUGCCUGGAUACUUCUCCUCCAUGUUUGAAUCGGAGUUAACAUCUGAAUCAAUCUUGGGACAACAUCUGGCACAGGAACCUGGCAGCGGUAAUGGAUAUCUACCUGAAUUCCAAUGUGGUCCAAGUACGGUGGAAGUAUCUUCCGCCUCCCAUAUACCGUUGUCCUUGUCGUCGUUAGGUUUUGAUGGUGAAAACUCCAACACUACCGAACUUUACUCAUCAUAUCCACCGCCAUCCACAUCAUCUACGAAUAACUCCUCAUUACAUCCUGCGACGGAAGAGGAGAUACAGUUUUUCCAUCCAUGGUACCCUUCUUUUCCCUACACGGAAGAAGAGUUGCUGGCGCAGGAUAAUUUGCAAACGAGCACCCAUGCGUCCCCCCCGACACACACUGAAUCUGGGUGGGACACUUGGCCACAAGACUCAUCGUCAACGACCCGCGCCCCAAUAUUUAGGGGCGACUAUCCGUCUUCCUUUAUGGAAGCUUUGGCGUUCCCCGCCACAAACGAAAAUUUGGGCUUGACACAGGUGUCCCCAGGUAAUCAGCAUGAAAACAAUUACCAGACCUUCUCAAAUACUUUUGGAGAAGGUUUAGGUAACAAUCCCACAUCCACAGGCGAACAACAAACUGUCGAGGAUCCAUGCUCCGGGUAUCACCCUGUCGAGCACGAUCACAGUGAGCGAAACGCACAUGGAAGCGGUCUAUAUGGCCAGAACAAUGCCUCGGAGUGGCUACCCGGGGCAUAUGAAUCCAUCGAAGAGGAAGUACCACAUACCUACGCAGGUACAUGGACGGACGAGUCCAUUGCACCGGAGCAGCCGACUCCAAGCACCUCCCAGGUACAAGGCCACGUCCCCAGUUGUAUGGGGGGCCUUGGUGUCAGCGUCACACGUGAACGCAAGAGGAGGAAGGACAAAGGGUUCCGGUUCGUCAAUCUAGCUAGCAGCUAG